AUUUUUCCCCGCUGCUAUUCCCCAGUCUAUUUCCCCACGUUUAUCGAGAUGAGGGAACUCCGGUCUUGUUUGCGACCGUCGUUCCCAUCAGGUCCACCGACACCUCGGGAAAAGUGAAACCUCUGCUGUCUUUUCUGUACCAAAGCGGCUCACACUUCCGAUUCAUCGUCUCUACCUAUAUCUCUGCGCCGACCUGUCAACGCGUGGCAUUUCCGGCAAUGCCUCCCACUUCCAAACCCAACUCCCCCAUCUCAGUCUCCAUCUCCUCCUAUCCACAAGGCAAAGUCGCAACAAUAACGCUUUCCAACCCGAAACGGCUGAACAGUCUCAGCGCCACCUUGUUGACAGCGCUGAAAGUUUCAGUCAACACUCUCGCCCACCUGCGCUGCGUAGUCAUUACAGGCGGCCCACUGGCGAACCGCGACAUUUUCUCUGCGGGCAUCGACAUCUCCGAAGCCAAAGCCUGGCCUGACGCCAAGGCAGCACGAGAGGCCAUCACAAGACUGCAUCUCGCGUGCAAGAGCCUGCGUGAGAUUCAUGUUCCUGUCAUCGCGCGCGUCAACGGUCACGCUUUGGGUGGAGGCCUUGGGAUCGCAGCAUCAGCGGAUCUACGAAUUGCCAGCUCCACCGCCAUGUUCGGCAUGCCCGAAGUCCAGCGCGGCGUUCCGAGUACUAUUGAAGCGGCGUUGCUUCCGCGACAGAUCGGCGCGGCUAGAGGACGCAGACUCUUAUUGCUAGGUGAUCUGAUCACGGCGGAACAGGCUGAGUCGUGGGGUCUGGUUGACAGGGUUGUAGAUCGCAAAGAUCUGGACGGCGCGGUGGAGGAAUGGGUGCAACUGAUCCUACGGAAUGGGGCGGAUGCUCUUCGCGCACAGAAACGAUUGAUGGCCGUGUGGGAGCAGGUACCGUUGCGAGAAGCCAUUGAUGCCGGGAUAUGGGAGUUUGGCAAGGCUUUUGAAGGUCAGGGGAUGGAGGCGGAGGGAAGGAGGAUGAUGAAUGAGUUUGGAACACCCAAUAAGAAGAAGAGUAAAUUGUGAAUAGGCAUGCAGCUUCAACAGAAUGGAUUUCCAUUGGCAUGCAGUAGUAUCGUAGAUGUAGCAGCCCAUCUCAGGCGCAUUUCGCUGCGCAACGCUACAUAUGGGCAGCUUCUGAAUUGAUAUGUCCAACAACGAUGGUAUGGCUGACACCAAAGGAGUAUUCUGCCAAACCUCUUUGUUCACCCUUCAACAACUGUAACCCAGGGAUUCUCUUC